AUGAUAUUGAAUCAGUUGUUAAUAUUUGGUUAUGAUUCACAGUAUAACCAUAGUUGCCAGUGUGACAAGUGUCCGGAUGGUAAAACUAAAAAGGUGAUCACUGAUGACCCUUCUCAGCCUGCGUGUCCAUGUCACUGUGCGGACGGUUGGCCACGGGAGAUGAACGCAGACGGCACGUGUGAGUGUGGCUGUGAAUGUCCAAAUGGCGGUUAUGGUACCGUUAAACCUGAUGGUGGCUGUCAUUGUUCAUGUGAAUGUAAAAACUGCCAGAACUCGGUUAUAACUAGUGAUGGAACGUGUUACUGUCCGAAUGAUAUCUGCCCGGUGUGUGACUCUGCCUACGAGCCUGUGUGGGAAGACUGUCGUUGUGUUUGUCGUGAGAAGACCCAGUGUGGACUGUACCCUGCCUGUGUACGAGGUCGACGUGGAGAGCAGUGUGACCAGCCGGACUGUGAACCAUGCAGUUUUCAGACAGACAACGGGUUGCAAGAAUGUUUCGGCAAUGGUGUUUGCACCCUUCAGUCGUACUUCUGUAGCUCCAGGUGUGAGUGUUUCCAAUUCUGGACCGGCGUCUGUUGUAAUGUCAGAAUACCAAGAAACAUGGGAGGUGAUCCUCACUUACAGACAGCAGAUGGUAUAUCCUACGACUACCAUGGUAUCGGGGAGUUCUGGGACUGUAUGAGUACAGCUAACGACUUUGGCGUACAAGUCAGGUUCUUCGGCUAUAAACAAGCGUCACUGGUCGGUGCCGCCGCGGUCAAGGUCGGUCACAGUGUGGCCACCAUUACUACACCGGUCAAUGCUACUGAAACCACUCUUCCUACUUUAAGAAUUGACGGGCUAGUCCAGAGCAUAACCAAAAACAACACAAGACUGACGCUUAACAACGACACCGUCAUUGUAGACAUUGCUAAGGUCAGGAACAACGCCACUGGUGCCGUGAUGAUGAUUGCAAUCCAGUAUGACACCGGUUGUCCUGGUCAGUGUAAUGGUAAAGGGAGGUGUGUGAACAGCACUUGUCAAUGUAACGACGGCUGGACUGGAACUGACUGCUCUAUAGGUUCCUGUGGUGCCUGCGUCAAUGGUGUGUGUGACAGCGGUUUCUGCGUGUGUACUGUGGGCUGGGAAGGGACAGCCUGUGACCAGAAAGCCACGUGUCUGUAUGUGAAUAACUGCACUGACGAGGACCACGGUGUGUGUUACAGGACCAACAGGUGUCGCUGUCUACCAGGGUUUGUGGGUAUGUAUUGA